CCGCUAGGUGGCAGUAAUGAGCUCAUUUAACCAGCUCUUGGCGAGAGCACGAGUUAGUACGGGAAUGUAAACGACAUCAAAAUGGCGGCGUCCUUGAGCAGACAGGGAAGAAUAUUAUCUAUUGCUUGUAGCCAACUGAAUGCUGCAGCGGGUGUCAGCGCUGGAUCAAGGAGCAUAAACACCAGUGCAGUUUGCUAUAAGAACCGUGCUGCUCGCAUUCGGGUGGGUAAAGGCGACAGGCCUGUGACUUAUGAACAGGCCCUGCAUCCACACCAGAUAGCUCACAGGAAAGGCUGGCUCUCACAACACACAAGUAACCUCCAGGGAGAAGGAGGUGCCGCAGACCGGACUGUAGAAGACAUAUUCAUCCGCCGGUUCAUCUUUGGCACUUUUCACGGCUGUCUUGCUAAUGAACUUGUCAUCAAGCGCAGGGGCAACAUGCUGGUCAUCUGUGCAUUGAUGCUGCAGAAACUCCAGCCUAAUAAAUAUUAUUUUCUUAUCGGCUACACGGAGGAGCUGCUCUCGCACUUCUACAAGUGUCCUGUAAAGAUGGAGAUACAGACGCUGGAAGAUAAAACUGUCUACAAAUAUCUCUGAGGGGAGAACUGGUAAAGCAGCAGUUAAUGCUUUUUUUUGGUAUAAUGCUGAAUAUUGUUUGGCUGUAAUGUAUCUAUGUAAUUAAAAUAAUACCUGCCUCAGUGUUUUUUUUGUCAUGUAUAUCUGUUAUGAC